AUGAAUCAUUCUUCUCAUUCUAAUGAACCAUCUUCACAUGGAUAUAUAUCAUUUCAAUCAAAUCUUAGUAAUGAUUUAUUACAUAGUAUUAAUUUUAAAAGUCUCAAUCAUCAUGAGUCAGAAUCUACUCAUAUCAAUACUGGAAUUAUUUAUUUACCAAUACCAGAACCACGAUUACAACUUGCUAAACCACAACAAUCAUUAGAUUUCAAACAUCAAACCGAACAAGAUUUUUAUAUACGUUACCAAUAUAUAAAUGAUGAAGAUUUAAAUUAUUUGUUAAAUAAUAUUCAAGAGAACGAUGCUAAUCGAUAUAAACUUAGUUAUCAUCAUUUAUAUCAAAGUGUAUUUCAAUCGAUAUUAAAUGGUAUUGAUUUAAAUGAAGAAAUUAUACAAUUAAAACAUUCAAUAAUAUAUCAAAAUGAAAUUUUACCUAUAUUAAUAAAUAAUCAUAAAUUAGCAAAACGAGAAAAAAAAAUUCUAUAUAAUAUUUCAAGAAAAAGUUGGCAAAAAUUUGAUGAAUGUAUACAGAGUGAAGUCAAUAUACAAUAUCAACUUGAACAAAUAAAAAAAGAACAUCAAAAUUUAAAAAAUUUAAAAAUAAAACAAGAACAAUAUCAAACAUUUUAUUUGAAAUUACAUGAAAUUAAUAAUGAUAUAACACAAUUAAAAAGAGAUCAAUUACAAGAAGAAAUUCAUGAAACAAAAACUCAUUGUUCUCAUAAUAUAAUUCAAUUAAAUAUUCUUAAAUCCAAUAUAUUACGAUCACAUACAAAUGAAUUAAAUAAUCUUCAAUUAGAACGUGAUUCAUUAAUAACACAAACUGAAUUAAUAAAAUAUAAUUUAUUUGAACAAAUCCAACAAUUCGAUAAUAUUCUUAAUAAUUAUCGUACAAGUUUAAAUAGUUUUCGAUUAACAUUAUAUGAACUUGAACAACAAUUAAAACAACAAACAGAUAAUGAAUUAAUAAACUUACAAAUAUUUAAUUCAUUUCAACGUCAAACUAUUUAUGAUGAUACAAAUCAAUUAAUAUUAAUAUUAGAAAAUAAAAUCGACGAAAAAAAUUCACUUAAAAUUCAAUUAGAAAAAUCGAUUGAAAAUUAUCAAGAAAAUAUUUUUAAACAAAAACAACUCUUAAUUAAAAAAGAAAAUGAUUAUAAAACAAUGGAUCACAUUGAUCAACAACUUAAUGAUAAUUUGAAUAUUCAUCGUGAAAUGCAUCUUCAACUAAAAACCGAACGUCGAUCAAUUGAUCGUCAAUUAAGAACGAAUUUAAAACAAUAUGCAAAUGAUGAUCGUCUUAAUCAUACAUUAAUUCAACAACAUGAUUCAUUAUUAGCUCGAAAAAAAAUCGAUCAAAUACGUAUUCAUGCAUUCAAUGAACGUAUUUAUCCAUUAAUGGAUGAAAAUAAUCGAUUGAAAACUUUUGUUGAACAACUUCAUCGACAAUAUACACAAAUUAAUCCAAAUAAUUUAAUUGAAUUACGACAAGAUAUUCUUCAUCUUAAACAAACACAUCAAACAUUAAAACAACAAAAACUUCAUUAUUAUUCUACGAAACAUAAUUAUGAAAAAAAAGAUCAACAAUUAAAAAUAAAAAAUAAUCAAAUGACGAAUAGAAUGAAGAAUAUAUUAAAUAGAAUUCAACAAAAUGAAAGAGAUUUUAAAGAUAAUUAUCAACAUAUUCAAAUACUCGAAAAUAAACUUAUUGAAGAACAACAUUAUUAUUUACAAUUAAAAUAUACGGUAACAGAUAUGAAAAAUCGUUCAGAAUCAUACCGAACAAAACAACAUUCAAUACAAAUGCAAGCACAAGUAGCAGCGAAUAAUAUUAAAUAUUCUCAAUAUCGUUUAAAAACUUUUACUGACCAAUUAAUCAUCUGUCAUAAUGAUGCAAUUGAACAAAAGACAUCAUUAAAUAAAUUACGUGAAUAUUAUUCUACUCUAAAAGAAAAUGAUGAAAUUAAUUUGAAAAAACUUUCAACUAUUUAUGAACAGUAUACUAAUCUUCAAAAUCAAUAUAAAAUUUCGAUAAAUUCUCUUCAACAAACAAAUGAAAAUUUAACAAAAUAUUUAACAGUACGAUCAAGUUUAGGUCGUAUGGUUGUUCGUCGAGUUAAUUUAUGUCAAUUAUUAUAUAAAAAAAUAGUUCGAUUUGAUGAACAUAUUCAUCAACAAGAUCAAUCUAUUCAAAUGAUUUCUAAAUGUAUUAAUUCAAUAAAACUUCAAAUUCAUCAAAUUCGAAAUCAGAAUAGAAAAUUUGUUGAAAGAAAAGAUAAAUUUCAAUUUGAAACUGUUAAAAUUCAUAUGACAAAAAUACUCGAUCAUUCACAUGAAAAACAACGAUUACUGACAAAACAAAUAUUUCAACGACAUUUUUCAAUAAAACAUUCACUUAAUCCUUUACCAUUUGAAGAACAAAAUUAUUUACGAAAUAAAUUCUAUUUAUUAAAAACUCGUUUAAUUAAAAUUAUUUUUCGUGGAAUUAUUUCCAAUUUUGUUCUUUUAUCAAUUCAGCAAGAAUUUUCUAAUUUAUUAGAAGAUUAUACAUCAAAAACAUGGAGAGAAAAUUCUUCGAAUUUAAAUUUUAUACGAACAAAUCUCUAUCAAUUAAUACGACAAUUAAAAGCAAAAACAGCAGAAAAUAAUAUGCUUAUUGACUAUCAACAUUAUCUUCAAUUCAUUCAUACAGAUAUCAUUCAACAAAUUACACAAUGGAAAAGUAAAUUUGAAAAUUUAUUUUUCCUUAAUUUAUUAUUCUAUUUAGAUUUCAACAUGAUAGAUACUAUUUAG